AUGCCUCCAAUUCCCCUCGUCGAGCUUAACAACGGUACGAAGAUACCCAUCAUAGGUCACGCGAUGACGGUCGAGGCGUGUGAUGCAACUAAGGGCUGGAUGUUAACGGCGAUUCAGGCUGGCUAUAGACACAUUGAUACAGCUUUACUAUAUGGUACGGAGAAGGCCAUCGGCGAGGCGAUCAGAGAGUCUGGUAUUCCCCGGGAAGAGUUUUUCAUCACAACUAAACUUCCUUUUAACCGACAGGACCGUGUUGCGGAAUCGUUCGACCUGAGUCUCCGAAACCUUGGAAUGGAUUACGUGGACCUUUACUUGAUGCAUUGGCCCAUGGCCAUCCCUUACCGAGGGGCCUGGCUGGAUCUUCCACGAGAUGCCGACGGCUCCGUAAUCACCAUCGAUUCUCCGACCUUCAAUGAGUCCUAUGCCGAAAUGGAGAAAAUCUAUGCGAGCGGCAGGGCUAAGGCCAUCGGAGUCAGCAACUUUUCCAUCAAGACUCUUGAAGAGCUAUUCCAAACAGCAACCGUCGUUCCGGCGGUAAACCAGAUAGAGCGACAUCCAUACCUCGCAGAGAGCGAUCUCAUCGCGUACCACAAGAGAAAGGGCAUCGCCACUGAGGCGUAUUCUCCUGGGGGGCACGGGAACACCGUCCGAGAAGAUCUCAUCAUCAAAGAAAUUGCUGCAAAGCACGGUGUUUCGCCCACACAAGUCAUCCUCGCAUGGCAAAUCGCGGGUGGCGUGAUCAUCAUACCAAAGAGCGACAAGGAACAGAGACAGAAAGAUAAUAUCAACCUUCCCACUCUAGAUGAAGAGGAUGUGGAGAAGAUAAAUGGAUUGGACCGCGGUGAGAGACUGUGUAACAGGAUCGACAAGAAUGGCAAGUUUUGGGGAUGGACGAAGGAGCGCCUUGGGUGGUAG